ACUUUUCUUAUCUAUGCUACUUUCUCCAACGCUUAAACUGUAAAUAACCUAAAUGACUGCCGCAAUCUGAACCUUCUUAUACAGACUGUUGUAUCUAUUUCAUAACUGUAAAUAAUCAAAAUGCUUCCAAAUAAAAUACCUAUUUAGCGAGUACAAAGUUCAAAGUUAAACAUCUAUUUAUUAUUCGUUUCUGAAUUUUGACUUACAUUGCUGAAAUCUUGGCAGAGAUUAAAGUAUAAAAUUUUAAAAUGCCUAUGUUCAGAAGUUCGUUGUUAAAAUUAACCUCCUUCACAAAACGAAACAUUGCCUCUCUUGCUUCAUUAUCGGAAACACAUCAGAUGCUUCAGAAGACAUGUAGAGAUUUUGCAGAAAAUGAGCUUAAGCCACAUGCAGCCAGAUUUGAUAGAGAACAUGUAUAUCCACAAGAACAAAUUAAAAAGAUGGGAGAACUUGGUCUCAUGGCUAUUGCAAUACCUGAAAAGGAUGGUGGUACUGGACUCGAUUAUUUAGCAUAUUCAAUAGCCAUGGAAGAAAUUUCAAGAGGGUGUGCAAGUGCUGGUGUAAUUAUGUCAGUUAAUAAUUCCUUGUAUUUAGGACCUCUUGAAAAAUGGGCAACUACUGAACAAAAAGAAAAAUAUUUAAGGCCAUAUACAACAGGUCAAAAGGUUGGAUGUUUUGCUCUUUCUGAACCUGGUAAUGGCUCAGAUGCAGGGGCAGCCUCUACUACAGCCAAACUAGAUGGUAAUUAUUUUUCUUUGAGUGGUACGAAGGCUUGGAUAACAAAUGGUUACGAAAGUGAAGCUGCUAUUGUUUUUGCAACGACUGAUAAAAAUUUGAAACAUAAAGGUAUUUCAGCGGUAAUUGUUCCAAAACCAAUAAAAGGUCUAGAAUUGGGGAAAAAAGAGGAAAAACUUGGUAUACGGGGUUCCUCCACUUGCUUAUUAAUGUUCGAUGAAUGCCAAAUCCCCAGAGAAAAUUUACUUGGUGAAUUAGGAUUCGGCUUUAAGGUACGAGCCAACUGAUGUAACUAA